AUGCCCUCCAAUGACUUUGUCCGAACUGUAUCCCGCAAGUUCCGAGUACUCGUGAUUGGUGGCUCUUAUGGUGGGCUAUCUACUGUAUUAGCCCUCAUCGAUCUUUCACAGGGUCGUCUCGCCCGUUUCAGCUGCAAUCCUGACGACAAGGCUCCUACACACCGUAUCCCAUUACAGAUAACUGUAGUUGAUAAGCGAGAUGGCUAUUUUCAUCUGAUUGGAUCCCCAAAGGCCCUGGCCUGUGAAAAAUUCGCAUCCGAGGCAUGGACUCGUUUCAAAGAUAUUCCUGGGCUCCAGCAUCCAGAUCUCAGCUUUAUCCAGGGAAGUGUCAGCUCAGUGGAUUUCAACGCCAAAGUUGCCCAUAUUGUCGAUGCAGAGACCAAGAGCAACCACACUGAGCCCUAUGACUACUUGGUUGCAAGCUCGGGGCUGCGUCGGUCUUUCCCCACAGUUCCCCAAUCCUUGCGGCGAGAUGAAUUCCUCAAGGAAGCUAGAGAACAUAUGACGGAGGUGAAGCAUGCCCGUGAUGGUAUCGUGGUUGUCGGUGGAGGUGCUGUGGGUGUGGAGAUGGCUGCCGAAUUGAAAAUACUCAACCCGGAACAGAAGGUCACCUUGAUCCACUCUCGAAAGCGCCUGCUAUCUUCGGAACCGUUGCCGGAUGAGUUUGCUGAGCGCGUAGAUUCUAUAUUGCGUGAUACAGGAGUCGAAGUCAUCCUGGGACAGCGCGUUGUCAGUACAAUCGCUGUAAAUACGAAAGAUGGGACGCGGGCCUGGAACCUCAUACUCAGCGAUGGCCAACAACUCAGAACUGGUCAUGUUCUAAAUGCUGUCUCUCAGAGCGUCCCAACAUCGACAUAUCUGCCAAAAGAAGCACUGAAUGAGGAAGGAUACAUCAAAGUGCACCGCUCACUACAAUUCUCCGGCGCUAUCCCUAACGCAGAGCAUCAUUGGGCAGUGGGAGACCUCACAGCGUGGGAAGGUAUUAAGCGUUGCGGUGGUGCAAUGCAUAUGGGCCAUUACGCCGCGAUGAACAUUCAUCAGCACAUGAUGGCAGAAUGUACUGGUGUAAAGCCAAACUAUCAGACCCUGCAGCCGUUCCCGUCUGUGAUGGGCCUCGCCGUCGGCAAAACGGCCGUCAGUUAUGUCCCGAGCGAGGGUACACGCGAGGGCGAAGACUUGAUGAAAACCUUGUUUGGUAAAGACAUGGGACAUACAAUUUGUUGGAACUAUAUGCGCCUGGGUGAGGUAUGCUAG